UCACACCUCGCUCCCGCUGACAGUCGUUACCCGGUUGGAGAGGUUGUGUGACGGCUUCAGUUAAGACGUCAGCUCGGCGCCUGGCUCUUCGUACUGUCUUUCCACACGCUUUAAAAAUAAAUACAAGCACUUAAGUCUGUCGGAGGCUUCAGAGAAUGAGAAGGUGACGACGGGUGAAGUUGUAUUUGAGCCUUUGCGGACUUGUGACAAAACUGUGCAUCAGAACGCGGCAGGCAGUGAGUAAAUCUUGUCUAGUUAUUACUGAUGGCGUCCCAACUGACAGAUCUGUGUCUGAGGGUUGUGUUCGUCGUGGCCGCCGUCCUCUCCCCAGGUUCAACUGAAAAUGACCAUGACUGGACAUUUUGUGGCACCUGGCUCCAUGGCCAGCAGUUUCUGCACCUGGAUCUCAACCUCUCCCCCGGAUGUAAUGGGUUGUCAGUCUCCGCCAAUGAGAGCGUUCUGUCCAUCAAUGGGCAGUUCACAGCCCGCUGUCGCCGGUCUGAUGUGAUUCCCCUCAACCAGUUUGGGCUUGACUUCGAGGACCAUGACUUCUGCCUGUACUGGGAGCCACUUCAGGACCAGCUGAAGCUGCAGAUUGGCGGGGAGAACCUCACUCUGUGCUGGCCCGCCCGGCCACAGGGCUCCUGCUGCACUGACCUGUCUCUUGGCAGCAAUGAGCCUGAAGCAGACUUUGGCAUCUACAAAGCAAUGAUCAGAACGGACGUCAUCGCCCUUAAAACCUUCACUACUUACACAUUCAAUGCAAGUCCCAUCAGCUGCAAAACCUUAUGUGAACAAGUGAAGCACAAAGCCACCCAGUUCAACAUGGUUGAGCACCAUGCUGAGGACUCCUGUCCUGACAGCUUGGAUUUGGAGAUAAAGGACGAUUUCAGAGGCCACAACUUCACAUCUUUGGCCACGAGAGGUGUGUAUGAAGAGCCCAUCACCACUAUCUAUCUCCCACCUGCUCUAAAACAAACCACCACCAUGACCAGUAAAGUUGUCAUCACGUUCUUCAGAAACAACACCCUGUUCCAGGAAAGUCACAAGGAAGUCAAGAUUCUCAACGAGGUGGUGAAAAUCACUGUGGAGAACGAGAUCAUCACUGGUCUUUCUGAGCCAAUCAGAAUUAGCUUUUACCAUGAUGUCAUACAUAAAAGACAUCCUAGGAAAUGUGUUUCAUGGGACACCAGGACAGACCCACUUCAGGUCAAGUGGUUGUCGGAUGGAUGUGAGACACAGGAGAGAGAUGACGAACACACAGACUGUCUCUGUAACCACCUGACCUACUUCUCUGUGUUGGUGCAACUGGAGCCUCGGCCAGUGCGCCAUCUCCUGGCGCUGACUAUCAUUACAUCCGUGGGCUGUGCUUUGUCUGUGAUCAGCUGUGUUGCUCUCAUCAUUUUUCUCUGCAGGAAGAGGAAACGAUCAAAAGAGCAGUCCCUACCUAUCCACUUGGGCUUAGCCGUGUCCCUCGCCUUCCUCAAUCUGCUCUUCUUCUUCUCUGGGGUCUUGGCCAAUAUGGGAGGGGAGGGAUUGUGCACCUGGGUGGGGGCAGGACUCCACUACAGCCUGCUCUGCUCCUUCACUUGGAUGGGCAUAGAGAUUUUCCACACCUUCUGGUUGGUGUACAUGGUUUUUACCCCCUCCCCAAAACCCUAUGUGUGGAACUUGGUUGGUUUUGCUGUGCCCGCUGUUCCCAUUAUCAUCCUGGCUUCAGUAGGUGACAUUUAUGGACUGAAAAAGGUGGUGCCUAGCGAUGACGUCUCCAACCCGUAUCUGAUGUGCUGGAUGAAAGACGACAACGAGAAGGCCUUGCUGGCUUACUAUUUCACCACCAUGACCGCCCUGGUUGUCCUUGUGUCCUCCGGCAUUGUGAUGCUCUUCCUGGUCUACCAGAAGAUCCGUGUCAGGGAUGAAUGGAGACAGAACCGUGUGGCAUUUCUCAGUAUCUGGGGCCUCAGCUGUCUCUUUGGAACAUCGUGGGGUCUGACCUUCCUGGACUUUAGUCCCAUCUCUGACUUUGUCCUUUUCCUCUCCUGCUUCAUCAACUCUUUUCAAGGCUUCUUUCUAAUGCUGCGUUUUUACAUGCUGGAGUGGAUGCGUAAACAGGCUACUGGCUCGGCACUUGGCAGCAACAGCACUGGAUCGACCAGGCAACAAAUGCUACAGACCCAGGAGAAGAAAUAAAUGGACUGAAAAAGGGAGUAGUGCACGGACAAAGCAGCUGUCGAGCUGCUUUGCUGCUCUGUCAAAAAUAGAACGUUCUAAUCAGUGUAAAUUAUAAAAUGGAGAUGAGGAAGUUGUAGAGGAAGUGUUACUUCAGAUUAAAUCCUGCCAUGAGAUCAGCUGUAAAUUUGGGGCAAUGUAAAGAGUAACUUGACAGAAGAGUGAAUUUCAAUGUGACCACAACAAGUGGUGAAAAAACAUGUCUUGACUGUAUUUCCCAAAUUAGUUUUUGGGGAAGCAGGUUAUGCAAGUUUUUCAUGAUCUCAUAGAGUCAGCAAAAUGUGGUGACAUGCAUGUCUGUGAAGGUUCUCAGUCAUCUUCUGUGGUUCGCUUGCUUGAGCAUGACGGCCAGUCGCCUACAUCUAACCACAGAAGUUGGUGGCAUGUGCAAAUUAUUCUUUAAGCCUUAUUCUUUUAAGUCUCUUUGCUCAGUCUGGUGUGGUAAAUAUAUCCACGUAACUGUCAAACCAAGUUGAAAAAAAGAUAAAUGUUACUUGAUUCUUCUUCAUCACUCAGGAACUCAUAAUACAGACCUGGAGUCUGUUUGUUUUUUUUAGAAUAUCUAGACUGGCUCUAGUUGUAGAAGAGAUUUUAAAAUCUAAGCUGGGGAUAAAGUUAAGCUUUGCAUCCAAACAGGACAACAGACAGGGAAUUUGUGUGCUGUGAUGUCCAUUUUACUGACUGUAAAGAAAAUAUAUAUUAUUAUUGUUGUUAUUACAGCUCUUCUUGAACCUUAUAUAAGCUUUUGUUUUCAUUUUGUACUUUUUUAGAGUUGUCUUCUUUUAAAUUAGCACUUUAGAUUUUUCAGUCUGAAAAAAGUGAAUUUGUGUUGUAAUUCAAACUUAAGUACAUUUCAUAUAAAGCAGCAGCAGUUUGUACACAUUGUAAAAUAACAGCUAAAUGUUUUUUUUUUUACAUAGAAAAGUGCAGGACUAUAUAUUUUCUUUAUACUGUAUUCACGCCCUCAGUCAAAAUCAAAACAUAAUUAUUCUACAUAUCAGUCGGGCCAAACGCUUUUUACAUUAACUUUCUGUACAUGUAUAUUCAGCUGGUUCAAUUUGUUUACCCUCCAUUUUCAAUUUAAAUUUGAAAAAUUGAAUUCAGGCAUGUAUUAUUUUUUAUAAAUGCCAGCUGACUCUACAGGUGAGGUUUCCUUUAGAUACUGUGAUGUUUGCACUUUUUUUUCCUAAUUUUGUUUUUAGUGAAUUUGAUGUCAUUUGGAUCUUUGUGAAUGUUGGAGUUUUUGUGGAUGUAUAAGAGAUUUUUAAUAAAACUAUUUGAUUACAAAAAGCUACAGUAAUAGCUGUUA